AUGGUAACAAAUACAGUCAAUUCAUCAAAUGAAAUGAUAAAAUUACCAAUAGAAUUAAUAAAUAUUGUUUGGGGUUCAGAUAUUGAAAUGUCAAUAUUUGAACGUUGGUCUCAACCAUUUCAAUUUUCAAUUGAUGAACCAUCUGCAUUAAUUCAACAUGAAGGUGGUCCAUGUUCUGUCUUAACAACAGUUGAAGCACAUUUAUUAAAUGAAUUAAUAUUUUGUAAUCGUUGUAAUAUUAAUUGGCGUCAAGCAUCAUCAGAUGAAAUUGAUCUUCAUUUUUUAAAUGCACUUCAAAUUAUUCUAAUGAAAAAAAAAACUUUAAGUAUAAAACAAUUUCAUGAUGAAAUUAAAUUUUCUUUAUGUCAAUCAAAUAUUGAUUUAAAACAACAAAUCUUUUCACGUCUUCAUAUGUGGAAAAAUACUUAUGGUGUUUUACUUUUUCUUUAUUCAUGUUUAAUGACAAAAACAAUUGAUUUAUUAAAAAAAGAAAUUGAUGAUGAAACAUCAUUACCAUUAAUUGAUAUUGCACAUGGACAUGGAAGUCAAUGUUUAACAAAUUUAUUAAUAACUGGUUUUGCUACACCACAUUGUUUUGAUGGAGAUAAAGAUAUAUCAGGUUUAAAAUUAUAUGGAAUACAUCAACAAGCUUCGAUUGGAUUUUUAUCAUCACUUGAAAUGUAUCGAUUAAUGGAAGUUGGAUGGUUUUUAAAAAAUCCCAAAAGUCCCAUUUGGAUUCUUGGAUCAGAAACACAUUUAACUGUCAUUUUUUCUCGAGAACAAGCAUUAGUCGAACAAGAUACUGAUACACCGAGGAAAAAAGCAUUGAAAAUUUUUAAUAAAUAUGAUACUGAAAAGAAUGGUUUUAUAUCGAAUUCUCUUCUUGAUGAAGUAAUAACUGAAAUAAUUCAAUUAUCAAUAUUAACAACAACAAUUCCAACAAUUAAUCAAUUAAAACAAAGAAUGGAUCCAGAUAGUUUACAGAUAAUAACUGAACAAGCAUUUUUAGAUGAAUUAUUUCCUCAAGAUAAAUAUCAAAAUUCAACUAAUGAACAAUUUAGUCCAUUAAAUGGAAAACCAUUUGUACUUUAUCAUUAUAAUGGUUUACCAAGAUCGAAUAAAGAUAAAAAAGUUCGUUAUGCAUCUGCUGAAGCUACAAUUUCAGAUUAUGGUUAUGGUAAUGAUACACCAGUUUCAGCUGUUGCACCAGUUCAACCAGGAACUUAUUUACCAAUAACAGGUGUAUUAAGAACAAAAUGGCCAACAAUUGAAUUAAAAUGGGAUGAUGAUGCUAAACCAUCAUUAAAUUAA